CUGGCCCGCUGAGGGCGGACUGGGGAGCCGCGGAGAUAACGGGUCCAGAGGCCGGCGGCAACGGCAGCGUUCUCUGCACGGGCGGAGGCGGCGGCAGGAGCGGCGAGCAUGGCCCGCGCAUCGCCCGGCGCUGACUGAGCCCUCUAGGAACUUUCUGAGCCCAAACCCCAGAGGGUGUGGCCUCAUGGGCCAUUUCCCCAGGAGCCAAACCUCUGGACCUGAAACAUGCCUUAGGGCGAGGAUCACUCUUCUUGAGAAAACUACCUGCAAUUAUGAAGAGUCCGAAAUAGAAGCAUGUGGAGUUUCAGAGUCAUGCUGCGGCAGCCUGGCGCCUGACGAGUGAGGGGAAACUGCCAGGGGAUUACUGCUAGCUCGAGGCAGGACAGAGGCCUCAGGGGAGCAGGGAUGGGCAGAGCAGCCUCCACGCCUGGGCCGGCAGCAGCAAGACGGAGGCCCGGGCCCUGGUCUAGAGCUCGGCACCUGCUAUCUCCGCGCACACUCGCUCGGCUGACCCUGCUGGCGUGCGAAGCAGCACUCUGCUGCUGUUCCUGAGAAGCGGCUGUUCGCAGGCCCCAAAGGACCUCGCAGCAGGGGCCGGAGCACAGCCACCCCUACACAACUGUGACCGCUGGGAGAAGGGGCCGGCACCUCAGAUGGGAAGUAGAAGGGCGGAACCUAACGCCGGGAGGAUCUUGGUCUCUGAAGAGUUUUCUGGCACCCACAGAGCUUCCUGGGUUUCUUCUCUCCGGAUCAGGGCUUGGUUCCCUUUCCUCCCCUGGCAGAGGGGUUGGGCCCUGAGGGCCAACUGAGGGGGGGGAAGACGUUUACAUGAAAUUCAGGCUGCUUGAAGCCCGUGUGCUCUCUGCUGUGAUUGGGGUUCAAGGGCUUCCCUGCUGCAGGGGACGAGGGGCCGCCGCCUCGGCGUCUGCUCAUGAACCACAGGGACCCCGAAUGCUCCAGACUGGAUCGUUUCAAGCCGCCAAAGAGGGGGACCCCCAGAGCUGGCAGCCAGCAACCCCAAGGGACUAGAGGGCUGAGAUGGACUGACCUCCCCCUCACCAGGGCUCCGGGAGAAGCAGAGCCUCUCUGGCCCAGCUAGUGACGGAGAGACCCAAUGAAGCCAUAAGCAGGGCCGGGCGGCUCAGGGACAGGGGAGCCACUGCUGCCAACGUGCUUUCUCCUGACGCUGAGGGAGGGCGUGGCGUGGGACCCCUGCCACUGUCCCCUCCUCAGCACGUGCCCAUAUGCCCUUUGCACGUGGUGCCGGAACAAGCAGGCUGCACUGUGGCUGGCCCGUCAGUGGGCUGGGAAAGGAGUGGCCACGGUGACACCCGCCUGACUGCCGGGCUGAGGGCCCAGCUCCCCAGGGCACCGAACCAUGAAGUGCUCCCUGCGGGUGUGGUUCCUCUCCGUGGCCUUUCUGCUGGUGUUCAUCAUGUCUCUGCUCUUCACCUACUCCCACCACAGCAUGGCCACCCUGCCCUACCUGGACUCGGGCGCCCUGGACGGGACCCACCGGGUGAAGCUGGUGCCCGGCUACGCCGGCCUACAGCGCCUCAGCAAGGAGGGGCUCGCCGGCAAGAGCUGUGCCUGUCGCCGCUGCAUGGGCGACGCCGGCGCCUCUGGGUGGUUUGAUAGCCACUUCAACAGCAACAUUUCCCCCGUCUGGACCCGAGAGAACAUGGACCUGCCCCCGGAUGUCCAGAGGUGGUGGAUGAUGUUGCAGCCCCAGUUCAAGUCACACAACACCAACGAGGUGCUGGAGAAGCUGUUCCAGAUAGUACCAGGCGAGAACCCCUACCGUUUCCGGGACCCCCACCAGUGCCGGCGCUGUGCUGUGGUGGGGAACUCGGGCAACUUGCGGGGCUCUGGCUACGGGCCGGAUGUGGACGGGCACAACUUCAUCAUGAGGAUGAAUCAGGCGCCAACCGUGGGCUUUGAGCAGGAUGUCGGCAGCCGAACCACCCACCAUUUCAUGUACCCUGAGAGUGCCAAGAACCUGCCUGCCAACGUCAGCUUCGUGCUGGUGCCCUUCAAAGCCCUGGACCUGCUGUGGAUCGCCAGUGCCCUGUCCACGGGGCAGAUCCGAUUCACUUAUGCCCCAGUGAAGUCCUUCCUUCGAGUGGACAAAGAAAAGGUCCAGAUCUACAACCCAGCCUUCUUCAAAUACAUCCACGACAGGUGGACAGAGCAUCACGGGCGGUACCCUUCCACUGGGAUGCUGGUACUCUUCUUUGCCCUGCAUGUGUGUGAUGAGGUGAACGUGUAUGGGUUCGGGGCCGACAGCCGGGGCAACUGGCACCACUACUGGGAGAACAACCGGUACGCGGGCGAGUUCCGGAAGACGGGCGUGCAUGACGCCGACUUCGAGGCCCACAUCAUCGACAUGCUGGCCAAGGCCAGCAAGAUCGAGGUCUACCGAGGAAACUGAGCCGGCCCAGCCAUGACUUUUCCGACCCCGUCGCCAGACGCCGGCGCGCGCUGCAGCCGGGACUCAGGGUCACGUUGGGGACGGCAGUCUAAGCGCGGGCGCAACGCCCUCUUGGGCGUCAGCAGGCAAUCUGGAGCGACGCCGCCGCGAUCUGGACCAAUCAUGCUGCAGUGCAGCGAGCGCCGGCUAUCCUCCGCCAAUCACGAGACUGGGGGCUGGCCCAGGGCCUAGCACCAAUCAGCGCUGCCGUUGGGCGAAGCAUCUUUCUCCCAGCCAAUCAUGCGACUCAAGGAGAACUUCCGGCGCUGGGGCCCGUCUCCUCCAAUCAAUGGCCUUCGGAGGCUGGCCGGCGUCCGAUUAAUUCCCCACUCCCCUAUGCUUUUGGGUAGGAUUUUAUUUCACGCUUUUUAAGGAGUAGAAGUUCGUUCCGGC